ACAAAGAAAUUUUUGUGCUCAGAUCAACUGACAUCGGCUCGCCCCAAGACCGACUCGGGAAGAGGGGCCGAGAAGCCGACACCCAGCCGCGAUCCGACCUGACGCCGCCAACGUCGCGACGCUCAAGUCCCAUUCCCCGAGUUAAUACCAACCGAGACACGUCGACGUCUUCCAGGAGGCAAGCUAAGGCAUACGCACGAAGGGCCUACAACUCGGGGAAGCAGGUGAUGACCUCGGACCUCAGAGAGACGAUCAAUGCCCGUACUUGUCCCAUCACCUUCACAUUAGAAGAUGCGAGUUUAUUCGACCAUCCGCAUUCAGACGCGCUUAUAAUUACGGCCCCCAUCUGCGGCAUUCCCGUCCACCGGAUCAUGGUGGACAUUGGGGCCUACACAAGCAUUCUCAUGCUCAAAGCAUUCAAUAAGCUCGCAAUUAACCCUUCCGAGGUCUGCCCCUGCAACAAUCGCGUCCAUGGCUUCAACGGAAGCAUAGCACUCCCAUUGGGAGAGAUCACUCUCUCUAUCAGAUUCGGGGGACACGGGCAAACAUCCAAGGUCAUCAUAGAAACCUUCAAAGUGAUGGAUCUCGACAACGAAUAUAACGCGAUAAUCGGGAGGAUGGCAUUAUACAAGCUCCAAGCUGUGGUUUUCAUUUUUCAUUAUGCCAUAAAAUUCCCCACGGCGGAUGGAGAAGGAACCCAUUACGGGGAGCAAAGAGAGGCCAGGGAGUUGUUCUUAGAGAUCCCUUCGCGGGAAAUCCACAUGGCAGAAAAAAUCGAUGUCGACAUGGGCGAGAACCGAGACACUCAGAAGGACGGGCAACCACCCACCUCGGACGAAGAAGAUAAAACCCGAGAUCGAGGAAGACGACCAGGGAAGGAGCCUGCGAAGGAGGAUGACAUCCUCGAUCCGCGAGACCAAUUCAAAGAGAAAAAAGAAGGCAACCGAGCUGAACCCUCUAAGGAA